AGCUGCAAGCCAUCAUCCUACACCCAUCAUGGCCACUAUCCAAACUGCAUACUAUGUACCAACGAUUGCUGGUAUUGGAACCACCUUUGCUAUAUCUGCAUGCAUUUCAGCCGUUUGCUUGGCCAUCUACGAGGGGUGUAGGCGCAUGAAUUGCAUGGAAAGCUUAUUUAUACCGAGAACUCUGCUCAAGAGAGCACCCGCACCUCCACUUUCACCUCGUCUGUUUUCCUUUGUCAAUGCCCUGUUUUUACCCAAUUCUUAUUAUCUGGAGAACACGGGUUUGGAUUCCGCCAUGUAUCUUCAGUUCCUAUCCAUGUGCAUUCAUUUCCUCAUUCUGGCAUGUGUAUGCGUGCUGCCUAUACUGUUGCCUCUCCAUUGGAUGUCUCAACUGACCACCUUUGAUAUCAAUGAAACUAUCACCCUGACCCAUCUCAACGUUGCCAACGUUCCCGACGCCAGUGCAUGGCUAUGGGCGCAUUGUUUACUGACUCAUUUUGUUUCUCUCACAUGGUUGUGGCUACUGUACACCAAUUAUUGGCGAUAUCUGGAAUUGUUCAGAGCGCAAAUGGCCCUGCGUAUCGUCAAAGGCGAUAUCACGGCUCGCACUGUCAUGGUGCAUAACGUACCGCAUGAGCUGCGUAAUGACACAAGUUUAAAAGGAUACUUUGAAAACUUGGGUGUAGGGCCUGUAGACGCUGUCAACCUAGUCAGAACAGCUGGAAAGCUGGAGAGAAAAUUGAAACGACGCCAAGUCAUGAUUGAUCGCAUUGAACAAGCCUGUAUUCGCUUAGGUCGAAAUGUCAUUAGCAGUCUGGAAUUGAAGCGACGUCGAGCUGGUAUUGGCAAAGUCGAUGUGAGCCACUCGAUGAUUUUUCAAGAUCCACUACCUAGAGAUAUAUCCCUUUUAUCAUAUCUGGACAAGGUUAUCGUCAAGGCAGGCGAUGUCAGAGACAAGCAAGCCAAUAUCGAUGAUAUCUCUUUAAACGAUACCGAAACAACUCAGUAUGGGCCUUCCCUUUCAGUUCCCUCCACACCAAUGUCAGUCGUACCCGUCUCCAACGACUAUAACUUAUGGACUGUUCUACUUCUCAACGUGUCACCCCAUACUUUGCUACAAUAUCAUCCAACCCAUAGUGAAUCAAUUGCACUAUCACUACCAGGCAUUGAAAAGAACAUCACCAUACCAGGAAGCCGAAACUCAGAAUGUACUCCAUCUAUUCCAAAGUACUUGCAAACGCUCAAUGGUUUAACAGACAGAAUAAGGUUUCUUCGAGAAGAUGAAGCGUCUGCAAAAUAUUAUCGGCCAACUAGUACUGCGUUUGUCACUUUCAAGUCAUGGAAGUCUGCACAGUUAUGCGCACAGGGCAUUACGUGCUGGAAGCCAAAUGUCCUCAAAACGGCCUUAGCACCUGAGCCACGAGAUAUUUUAUGGUCAAAUUUGAUGCGCCGAGGACGAAGAGGUAAAAUCAUCGGUCGACUGAGAGACUGGGUUGUCUUUGCUGCUGUUUGGGGUCUCACAAUAUUCUGGCUGUUUCCAAUCUCCUUCAUUCUCGGUUUAACGUCUCUGGAAGUACUGUCGAGACACUUCAACUUUUUACAAUCAUUUAUGGGAACCUCGUCUGUUGUCCGAUCGUUCAUUCAAAACGUCCUGCCCACCAUGCUGGUUACCCUGUUCAUGAGCUUACUGCCCUGGAUUCUGUGUGAAUUGUCCAAGCAACAAGGCUUCAAAUCAUAUUCUCAAUUGGAAGACUGUGUUUUGAGGCGCUAUUAUCACUUUGCUAUCUUCAACGUGUUGAUUGUUUUUUUGCUCGGAACAACGUUCUUGACUACCAUCAUGAGUGUGUUGUACUCGCCAACAAGCAUUAUUCAGCUAUUGGCAGAGAGUUUGCCUCAAGGGGCCAACUUUUUCCUCAACUUCAUCAUGUUCAACUCAUGCUCACAUGCUAUGGAACUUGCUCAGCUGGGUACCCAAUUGUUCGGUCGCCUUCUGAUCCUUAUCCCCUGUAUUUCACCCACUCCCCGCGUGUUCCAGCGUCUAUCCAGUCCCUGGUCCUUUCCUUACUACUACUAUUACCCUAACCAUAUUCUUAUUUUUGUCAUUGUAUUAACUUACUCUAUCAUCCAACCGCUUAUUCUCUUAUUCGGCUUGUUUUACUUUGGCAUUGCACUGGUCGUUUUCAAGCACCAAUUUGCCUAUGCUUACAUACGUCGGUAUGAAUCCAAUGGUCGAUACUAUCGCCGUAUGGUCCGCUACACCACGGAUGGUCUUCUCAUCUUCCAACUCACCAUGGUUGGUCUCCUAUACCUCAAAAAGGCUUUCGCUCCGGCAACCUUUGUGGUCCCGCUAGUCAUCCUUACAUGCUGGUCCAAGGUGCAGUUCAGUCGAUUAUUUCAGGCUAGGUGCAAAUACUUCGCAGUCGAUAUCGACGAGUUGGACGAGGUCACAGCCAUGGGUAGAGACAUGCCUCAAAGGGGGUGGCGGUCUUUCCUUUACAGGAUGGACGACAUGUGGCGGUUGAGCUGGUUCGAGCUUUGGUGGACUGGAGCAAGAGGCAAAUGGGAGAAGACCAAAAAGCGUAGCAGCCGCAAGGUCCAACAGCUACUUUUGUCAUUGCCAGAUAGCUUGGAUGAACUGGACCAAGCCAUGGUGACCACAUCCAUUCGCACCACGAUCACUGCACCCAAAGUUUCAGGCAGUGCACCGCCAUCUCAAAAAAUAUCGGUCAUCAUUACAGAAGACCAUAUCAGCCAGAAGGAUGGAUAUUGUGCCUCACAGACCGACAUUUCCACCACCUCCACUUUGAUUCCCCGUGAUGAUAUCUCUGAGCACCAGUCGUACAUUCAUCCCAUCCUUAUCAAGAAAUUGGACGACAGCUUUAUGCUUCCUAGUGAUCCUAAACGGAGGAUAUGGAGGUUGAAUGACUGUAUCAACAUACCCAUUGAUAAUAUUGUGAAACAGUAUUAUGGUGAAAUCAUUGAUCAAGUGGAGACUGGAGAAUACCAUAUGGACGACAAACUGAAUAGGGAAAUGGCCAUGAACGACAGUGCCGAAGAUCUUCAUGAGAGCUUUGAUACGCUUGUGGUUCGUCGCGUGGACACAAGAAGAACCGUGGGCUCUGAAGUCAGCCCAUCUCCCAGGAGAAGAAGUAGAAUAUCCUUGUCUAAACGAUUCAGCUUGGGACGAUCGCAAAAUAGCAGCAAUAUAGGCAGCGAGGUCAGCUUGAAGGUCAGCCUCAAAGACGAAUUGGAUGAGUUUUACGACAUGAAGACAGAGGAAGUAUCCUCUGGCGAUGAAGAUUAACUAGAUCUGUUCCAUGUACAACCACUCCCCUUGCUGUUGCAAUCGUAAUACUAUAUAAACAAAAUAGUAGCUUCAUCUUUUCUUUCUAAAUUUUCUACUGCCCUCCUCACUUUUGUAUUGCCAUGUUCUCUAGUUUUUUGUAUCCAUUUUCUCUGCCUGUACUGUACCUGGCCAUGAAGCUAAUUGUUUAAGCCGAAUAAAAAUAAACGAAAG